UGAACCUCUCGGGGGUCCAUGAUGACACUGGAUUUAUAAAAGGAAAGCAGUAGCACUUCUCCUUUUGGCUCUGCUGCAGGGGUUUUCUAACGUAGGAAACCUUUGAUGCUGGGCAAAAGAAUUUGACAUCCGUCACACAAGGACCAAAACAGAUCACAUGCAGUCUCAGCAACUUGCAGAAGUGGUUGGCAAUCCACAUGGCUCCCGGAUUAUCUUUUCCGGGGAGCCUGGAGUUUAUUCAGGGCAGAAGAUACUAACGUCUCCAGAGAUGAUCCAUGAGGUGGUCAUCUCCCCUGGACUCCCUACUCCUCCUCUGAGUCCUUUUCACUCUUCAAAGCUGCCAUCUGGAGAGUUCAAGGUUUCAGAGGUGAAUGGAAGUGGCCCGACAGCUCUCAGCUUUGGAUCGUACUACGGCCCCUCACAAUCAUACGGUGGACUGUCCAAUGGCUCUGCCACUUUACCACGAAGCUGGACUCCCACCAGGGAGGAGAGGCUCAUCAAAUUCUCUGGAAUCGGUCCAGUGGAUGAAACUGGGAUGCCCAUUGCCUCCAGAUCUAGUGUGAACAAGCCCAGAGACUGGUACAAGAGCAUGUUCAGACAGAUUCACAAGAAGCCAGAGGAAACUGAGCUGGAGGAUUCAGAGCGGUGGUCAGCCGAACGGCUCCAGUUAUCUGCCAACACAGAAGAAAGUAAUGACAGAGACAAGGAUCCCUUCAGACUGACACCGUAUGGAGCGCUACCAGACUGGACGGAGGAUGUAGAUAAGCUGUCAGACCCAGGAAAGCAGCACCCUCAACCGAAGAGCAUAUACGACUUUGAGCCCGGGAAGAGCACCACUUCAGAGAGCCACAGCCAGACUUAUCUAUCCCCGAGGAAACAGCCGGAGAAACCAAAGUCACCUUCAGUUGAGGCCAGUCUGGUCUCUGAGCUGAGUCGAUUUGAGGCUGAGCUGGACUCGGAGAUCCAGGGCCUGGAGAGGAGACUUUCCCAGAAGAGGCAGCGUCGAGGCCGGGGUGAGGAGGCCAGUGGCAGGGAUCCAGUAACUGCUCCAAAGACUGGAACCGCAAACUACAGCAAUUCUACAGCAUCAAAGCAGCCUGUCCAUCGCUCAGCUGGCACAUCACUGGCUUCCGUUCCCACAUAUGUAGAACGUCUCUCCCCUGCAAAUGAAAUCAUGGAGCUCCCACCCAAGAAAGAGGAGAAAAAGAUGAAAGCAGCACGAGUCAAGUUCAAUUUCCAGGCUCAGUCACCCAAGGAGCUCCCACUGCAGAAAGGCGACAUUGUUUACAUCCACAGGCAGGUAGACGCCAACUGGUUUGAAGGAGAACAUCACGGAAGAGCUGGCAUUUUCCCCACAUCUUAUGUUGAGAUUCUGGCGCCUACAGAGAAGCCGACACCUAUAAAGUCUCCCACGCUACAGGUCUUGGAUUAUGGGGAAGCUGUGGCUCUGUACAACUUCAACGGUGAUUUACCUGUCGAACUUUCUUUUCGUAAGGGUGAGGUGAUCAAUGUAACCAGGCGUGUUGACGAUAAGUGGUUGGAGGGGAGGAUCUCGGGGACCAGCCGGAGCGGCAUCUUCCCUGUCAAUUAUGUCCAGGUCAACAAGAUGCCUCGCACCAAAUACUCUACGGACGACUACUCACCAGGCCCCAUGUCUCCCGUCUCCCCCGGACCUCAGAGUCCAGGACGUCCACUCCACUCUCCCUGUCCGCGUUCACCAUUCACCCCCACUUCCCUCAGCCCCAAACCUGAGCACUCCCCCCUGAAGCCGUCUUCACCCGUACCUUAUGGCGGCCCAGCUUCACAGUCACGCUCCCCCACCCAGACACCUGUACCCAAAGAAAUGGCCAAUCAGUGGCCCCACAGCACCUCCAAAGCUGCUUCACCCACCAACCAGAACAGCCACUGGGCUGGGACACACUCAGCUAACCAGAGCUCCACAGCUAGAGCUGUUUCACCUUCCACUCAGUCGUCAGCGUCUGCACACAGAGCAGGAGCUACCACAGCGAACACUCCCAGAUACACUGACCCGUCACAGGGUGCAAUACCAAGCCAGGCUACUCCACCUAAUGCACAUGUCCACUCCCUGAGGCGAACACAAGUCCCAAACAAGCCUGGUUCAACAGCGGUGCAACAUCAGCCAUAUAAAGCUGUUUACAACUACAAACCGCAGAAUUCAGAUGAGUUGGAACUCAGAGAAGGAGACAUUGUACAAGUGAUGGAGAAAUGUGAUGAUGGCUGGUUUGUAGGUACGUCAGAACGGACUCGUGCUUUUGGGACUUUUCCCGGAAAUUAUGUGGCACCAGUUUGACUUCCUCACUUCCUGCUUGCCCACAUCCAUCUGGACUCAUAAGAGCCCAACUUAAUCACUCUAGCUCACUCCAACAGAUCCUGCUUUGUCACCCCAGCAUUUCUUCAUCCCAUUUCCCACCACACUCCCAAAUCUGGUUUAGUCAGACCUGCAUAUUCACUCUGUUUCUCCGAACAGAGGUGAAGGCAGGGACAGUUGUGUGGUUUCUCACUUCCCUGCAUGAGUGUGUGCAUGUGUGUGUGUGUGUGUGUGUGUGUGUGUGUGUGUGUGUGUGUGUGUGUGUGUGUGUGUGUGUUGCACUGAGUCUUGGAGAGUGUUUUCACACACACCACUUGAGAGGAAAGGAUGAAUGCUGAUGAUACUGUGUCAGAUGCGAAGAAUGGUCUUUUUUGUUCCACAACUAUUUGCAGCUGCAGGAAAUUUGCAUUCCUUCCAACUGAACAGCACUGUUCCCUCUGAGGUCCUGAUACAGUAUGAUGCUGCAUUCAGCAUUUUGUCACCACAGUGCCAUCACAAACCACUGCUGAGAAUUUUGAAUGAGGAUGGCAAUUUUUUCUAGCAUUAUGUUGGAUUAUUAAUUUUUUUUUUUUCCUUCAAAUAUCUCCCCCAGAUUUCCUUUCAGAUCUCUGAAAACACCCUGGGCAAGUUUGCGGAAAAAACAUGAACAUCUGUAGAUGUGGUUAAAGUAAAGCACAGAAAGGGCUCAGACAUGUUCGAGAUGGGUUUAAAGCCUUCUACAAGGCUUUUGCAGAAGAGAAAAUAUAAUUAGUUCAUGUAAUGGUUUCUUAAGCAAGUUGUUCAUUAUAGAAUGUUUGGCUUUUUUUGGAUGACAUGUCCAUCAUAAGCCAUGGAGUGGAAUGUGAAAGUAAAGAGGAAGAUUAUGUUGUUGAAAUGAAAUGUCAAACCUCUGUAAGUUGUACAAGAUCAUCUGUGUUGAAUAGCUCUAAGUUAAAUCCAGGCAAUGCCUUCACAGCAAAUGGUUGAAUGAAAGUUUGAAGUAAUGCAUAUGUGCCAAAUCUAACAUUUCAUAACAUUUCUUUUUUAAUUCUCCACUGAACAAUCCAAGCUCACUUCAUUUCUGCCAUGUUUGCUACUGCUGUUUUACAGUGUUAGCUAUGCUUUGGGAGUUAAUCUUCUCACUCUGAAAACAGUAUUCAGAAAAUCACUUAUGUUUGUGCCAGCGCCGCCUUUGAUGAGUGGGAUGUGUCUAAUUCUAAUUAGAAAUCCUCAUCAUGAAGUCAUUUUGCUAUUUUAAUAUGAUAUAUUCAUGAUUUCACUGUAAAAAUGAAUCAUAUUUAGCAGACACAGGAUAUGAUUGUACAGACUGUAACCUUUUAUCAAAUUGAAAGUAUAAUAUAUAUUUGCUUAUAAAACAAUGUAUCUCAUAUGUGUGGUACGCACUUUUUUAAAAACAAUUAGACAUUACAGAGUGAGACCAAAAGGAGUUUGUGUUCUUGUGUUUUUUUCUGUCUUAAUUCAACAACACUUAAAGUGUGAAGCUGACUAACAGGAUGACCAUUAAAUGUAACUUUCCAUUUCAUUCAGGUAUUAGUAUUUGAAUCUUAUAAAACAUACACAUAUCCCAUAACAUAAAAGUGGCAACCAAAAUGAAAUUAAAAUACGUUUACACAAAAUACAAUAAAUGUAACUUUGAGAGA